AUGGGACAAAACAAUCUGUUGCAGAUAGUGUUUCUCAUUUAUUUAUGUCAAAGAUCAGAAGCACUAUUUCAUAUGAAAACGAAAAUUCUUUGCUCUAAUCCUGAUCAGAUUUCCAUUAUCGGUGGAGAACAAAGACGUUUAGUUACAGAAGGUGGUCGAGUCACACUAAUAUGUUGUGUUCCGGGUAAAACUAAUGGUCACGAUCAUGAACAACUUGUAUGGAAUGGACCAGAUGGGAAGGAACUUGUAAACUACUUUUCUAGUCCCAUAUCUGAAAGUCAACAUAUUGCGUAUUCUGUGCCAGAGUUCCACUCGAAAGGUUAUCUGAUAACAAUGAUGGUUAUUCAGAAGUUCAGAGCCGAAGAUAGUGGUCAGUAUACAUGCCGAAACAUGAACCCUAGUUCUACAGUUCUUCCAGCCAGUGUAUUUAUAGAUUAUCCAAAUACACAAAAUGGACAAGUGCUAGACAUUUCACGAGUGGACACGCGUCAUUCUGGAAUAUUUCUGUGCAAAGCUGAAACUAACAAUCCAACCUGGUUGCCUCAGGAUUCUGAGUAUGAUCCACGGUUAUAUGAAAGUGGGGUUGUAAAUUCACCAUUCUUGAUACAAAUUCAAGCUAUCCGUGGUAUAGUAUAUUCGCGUCCACGUUUACUGCCUGGAAGUCCAAUGGAGGUUUUCACACCGUCUGAUUCAGAUGAGUCACAGUUGGUACGCCCGUAUAAACAUUUUGUAACCAAACGUCAAGUUGAACAGAAUUCGAAUAUUGUUCAGAGUUCACCAAACUACUUGCAGAGAGUUUUACCUUUAUGGAGUGUAAACGACAAGGCAAAAGAUAAUCCCAGUACGCUGAGUGCAAAAAACAUAGUUCAAGAAGGUGGAAAGCUUAUUUUAGAAUGUCAAGCUCGUGGAAGACCUACUCCUCAAAUAUUGUGGUAUAGAGGUGGCAUGGGCUCUUCAAUAACAUCCACUUCCCAAGCUAUUACUUUUGACCAGCGGAUCAGGUCAGCUUUACAGCAUUUACCUUUGGAAGAUGUGCAAAGAGAACUAGGAAUCCUUAUAGCGGAUUUUGACCAUCUAUUUCCUGCAGUAAUGAACUUGGAAAAUUUAUCAAACGGAGCUAUUUAUAAAGCACCAGACAACUUUGGAAAUGCUCACAGGAAAGGAAUCCAGAACUAUGAAUUAGGCCGUUUUCAGUUGUCUACUGGUCUUCGAAAAGACGACAAAGGGGAUCCAGUCAUAGCAAUGUCACGACUAACGAUUAAUAAGUUAAUGCCAUCAGAUGCCACUCGUUAUACUUGUCUUGCUCUUUUGAACCUGAACAAAUAUGGUGGAGUUGGAAAUUUUACAGAUGUUGGAAGUAUUCUUCCCAAUGUCGUUCUCAAACCACGAUUUGUUCGCUCAGGAACGCACCUCAGAGCUAAUGGAUAUCCUGGAGAAAAUUGCAGCUUAACUUGUGAAGCAUAUGGUGGCCUUCCAAAUGAAAUGGGAUUACGUGUCAGACUUCUUAAAGGUCCAGGUGUUAAGAAACUCAUUUCUUAUAUAUCUCAGUCCAUGUAUAUGGACAAUAAGGAUCCUGAUCUCAAAUCACAGUAUGAUCUUGCUGACUAUCAAUCAGGAUAUUCUUCAUAUCAUAAAAAUCAUAAUCAGUAUAAAUUACUUAGCAAAAACAGUGAUUUAUCUGAUUCAUCUCCUGAUUCACUGUACACAAAUUCUUUACGUAGAAAAACUGAAAAUGUGGGACCAAACAGUAAUGAUUAUAUAGAAAUUGUUAAACCAGGUAUGAAUCCUCGCUAUCAUUUGGGUGUUGAGGCGGAUCCAAGAAAUCCGUAUGCAACAAUUCUACGUUUAGAUAUUACAGAUUUGUCACCGGAAGAUAAUUCAUUUUAUUUGUUAGCAGAACCUCGUCGAGUUAACGAAGUAUCAGAGCAAUUAGGUGGCAACGAAAAUACCAUGCAAAAUGAAACACCCUUCAAGCCAGGUGAAGAUGUUGUCUAUGGUUUAUCUCACUUACCGUCAAAGAUAGCGUGUCAAGCGCUAGGGCAGCCAACUCCCCAAUGGAAGUGGGUGGGGCCACAAAGUGGACCAAAUGUACCACUAGGUGAACCGAAUGAUUCCAAAGGUUACGUCAAAACAGACUAUGAGGAUGGAGAAUAUUCUGUCAGUGAAUUAACUAUUCCAGCUGGCUACUGGAAUGUUGGUGUAUUCGGCACAUAUACGUGUACUGCAUCCAAUAGACUUGGUCAAGCUACAGGACAUGUUCGACUUCAACUGGCUAGUCACCCUGGCCGACCCACAUUAAGAGCCUGUAAGGUUGAAGCAACUUUAAUUGAGCUGUGUGUUGAACCACCGAAUGAAACUGGUGGUUUACCGUUAACUCAUUAUGAAUUGAGGAUUCAAACUCAUCCACGUGGUGCUUUUCAUGGGCCUUUCGCCUACCUUCCUGGUCGCAGAGUACUAAGGUUACCAAAUCUUAUUCCAGGUUAUUAUUACCGAUUUGCAUUAUCAGCUGUCUCAAGCGCAGGAAGAGGACCGAAUGCAUAUUUACAGGUUACAACCAACAGAUUAUCCAAACCAGUAAUAAAAUUACUCGCUUCUCAAGAUUAUAUAAGUUCGAUGGGAUAUAAUGUUCACUGGAAUGCAGAAACUACAGAUGGUAUGGAUAUCAAUCAAUAUAAUAUUAAUAUAAGGCCGGUAGAAAUUGAUUAUUCUAUGGGUGAGAUAGCCGGACGUCCUAUUGGGUCUUGGACUCACUAUAAUAACAUUGAACCUAAUUGUGCUGUGUCAGGACUUGAAGGCCAAAAGAUAUGCAAUUUUCUUAUUGAUGAUUUAAAACCUGAUAGUGCCUACGAAUUGGAAUUGUCUGGACAAAAUUCAAUGGGCUUUUCGGAAACACAACGAAUUAUAUUCAGGACAUCAUCACUGACUGGUGUGAAUGGACGUAUACUAAAUAUGCCAUCGACUAUGAGACUAACCGGAAUAUCUACUCAUAUUCAAAUCGAAAAGGUUCGCUCAUUUUUAUUUCUACCAUUGUUCUGA